CGAGCCAAUAACCACGUCAGGUGUCUUCACGAACACACUCUAGGAAAUAAGCCCGUUACGUGUUGUUUUCCGCGUCCAGUCUUCAUCCAGCCUCUUGAGCACUUGAGUCACCAAGUAUACGGAGAUCACCAGUCUCUCUUCAUUCGGAUUUUUUGUCACCUGCAAUUCGCAACAGUGUUUAAUAAGUGAAAGUCUCAUCGCCUUCGCUUUGCGCAGAUUAGUUGAAAUGCGUCAGCCAUCGCUCAUGCAGACCUUGUUCAUCCUUGGCGUUGUCUUCUCCUUCACAUCUGCAGGAAUUCUCAAACGUAUUCAGCAAAUUCCGAAUCCCAUUUCGUCUUUCCUGCUCGGUUGGAGGGAGGCCAAUGGUACCGACACGGGCGCUGACGAAAGCGAAGUGGAAAGCUUGUUACCUCCACCGUUGCCGCCCGUCCUUCCCAACGUGACCAAUUAUUCGCAUUACAAGUCGGAAGGGCAAACCGUCAGCUCGACGGUUGUCGUGCCCACUGCCGACGGCGGCCACCGCAAUGUAGACUUGUGCGAAGGCAACAUCCUUGUGCCAUUGUCCAACGAUCGCAAUACUUUGAUUGAGGAGACUUUCAAAUCGACGAAAUUCCCUUAUGAACGUGCCACUCCUCUCAUCUGUUCCUGGAACGUUAGGGUGAGUGACAACUGUCGUCGCGGAUUAGUUACGAUGACAAUCAACAAACGCAGUCGAUUAGCUGAGGUGGAAGGAUGCGCUAAAGGAUAUUAUCGAGUCUCUCCCUUCAUGAAAGAAGCCAAAAUCUGUGGACGUAUCGAAACUGUACCGACCUUCCAGUGGUACGUCGAAGAUCAACAACCCGAAAACGUCACCAUCAGUCUGAGACACGUCGGACUCAACGACGGCUACUGGGAGGGAUUGUCUUUCACCUUGUCAGGUGAAUGUCUCCCCAACAAAUCUGAUUUAUCCAUCAGCAAAGCUGUGAAAUCCUAUAGCAAUUGGCUGCAUCAGCUUUCCAGGGAAUCUGAAGCACUCGAUCUUGUGGUGGUGACGCAAUAACUCAUCCUACUCGGUGACGCAUCCAACUCGACCACCAAAGGCGUGCAAAACAAAAGGGGCGUAUAUCUCUCUGACGCAACCUUCAUCAAGGUCUUAAUUAUACGCACCAUGUCGGUUUAGAAACACAAAAAGAGUUCAUGUAGGGAGGGGGCAUCAUUUUAUUCAUGUGGUCCAUGUAAACCUAUAAUGUUAUUUAUGUAUCAGUUUGACAUAACUUAUUAUACACGUUGACACGUAAACGUUUGUUUUCCCAAUAAACAAGAGGAAAAAUGGCA